AUGGACGGCUUUGACGAGGAAGCUUUCAAAAAGUUCUUCCCUUCUGGCUUUGGCAAGCAGGAGAAGGAGGUUGAUGUUGAGUCGCAAAUCAAUCGGUCCAAACGGACCGAGGUUGCGGUCCCAAAGCCACCAGCGGACAAUGACGCGCAAGAAUUAAGUGCGCCUAGCCAUGCGGAGGAAGAGAGGAGGCCCCAAGAACCCAAGGUCGCCGAUGAUGACUCUGACGAUGACUCUGAUUCAGAGAACUCCGAUGACGAGGAUGAGUUCCCUGUUUCACAUGAGAUGGUUCUUCAGACACACGAGCGGGCAGUGACUACUAUGACGCUGGAUCCUUCCGGGGCCCGACUAAUUACAGGUUCGACCGAUUGUACGCUGAAGCUGCACGACUUUGCUUCUAUGACCCCCUCCACCAUUCGCGCAUUCAAAUCCGUUGAUCCCUCAGUUAAAAAAUCAUCGGCAUCACAGGAUACGCAUGCCGUCCACUAUGCUGCUUUCAACCCACUCUCCCCGAGCCACGUUCUAGCGAUAUCUGCCACUGCGCAACCACGAAUUCUCAGUCGAGAUGGUGAUAUUUUGACGGAGUUUGCCAAGGGUGAUAUGUACCUCCGGGAUCUCAACAAUACCAAAGGACAUAUUGCGGAAGUAACAAGUGGAGUGUGGUGUCCCUUCGAUUAUAAUCUGUGUGCUACCGCUGGAUCGGAUAGCACGGUGCGAAUUUGGGAUGCCAAUGUUGGCCGCUCACAAAAGGAAGUGAUCAUGCAUAAAUCAAAGGUAGCUGGUUCUGCUGGCAGGACUAAGAUGACCGCUAUUGCCUGGGGGUCCCCCAAACAAGGCGGCUCCAAUGUGCUGGUUGCCGCUGCACUUGAUGGAAGUCUCACCAUGUGGAGUGGGAACGGUCCCUAUAGGCGACCUACCGCAGAAGUACGUGAUGCUCAUACACAAGACACAUGGACCAGCGGAGUGGAUAUCAGCUCGGACGGGCGACUUGUCAUCAGCCGAGGUGGCGAUGAUACAAUUAAGCUCUGGGAUACCAGAAAGUUUAAGACUCCGGUCACAACUAUCACCCAUACUUCAACAUCAUCUCGCUUCCCCACGUCAAAUAUUCAAUUCUCUCCGACGUCUGCAAACAUCAUCGUGGGCUCAGAGACUGGUCAUCUGUAUAUCCUUAACCCGGCCACUUUGAAACCGGAGCUUGUUACCCCCGUCACGCCAGGGUCGCCAGUAAUCAGUGUUUUGUGGCAUGAGAAGCUCAACCAAAUCCUGACCGGCUCGGCUAAUGCCGAAACACAUGUGCUCUACAACCCGACAAUGUCCACAAGAGGUGCAGCCUUGGUCAUGUCCAAGGCACCCAAGCGUCGGCACUUGGAUGACAACGCCACUCUUACUACAGAUCUUACUAGCAGCCUUGCUGGUGAUUCAGUGGUAGUUGGCUCUAACGGCGUGCCACAAUACAGCUCGGCCACAUAUUCGGCUCGUCACCCGAACGUUGGAAUGACAGCGUCUGGCCGUUCGCGCGAUCCCCGACGACCCCAUAUGCCAGCUGUCACACCCUUCGGCAAGUCUCAGCCCGAUGAGAAACACAUUCGCGAAAGCUUUCCACUCAGUUCCAUGCGUGAUGAAGAUCCCCGAGAGGCUCUCCUAAAAUAUGCCGAUAAGGCUGAGAAGGACCCCAUAUUUACCCGGGCAUACCGGGAGACCCAACCAAACGCAAUCUACGCCGAAGUUAGUGAUGAAGAAAAGGAAACAGGGCCGGAAAAGAAGAAAGCCCGGCGUUAG